AGGUGUUAUGAUUAAAGCGAGCCUUUCCUCAAUCAUCAAUAACCUGAAUUAAACAUUUUGUUAAACUUUUAAAGCUUAAUUUUACCUCGAUUUUAAGCUAUUUAUGUAUUAGAUUGACUAUUCGGUGCUACAAAUUGAAGUGAAUGGAACCUGACGCGCCGGACGCUUCAUAAAGCAGCCGACAGGGGGCGUGAAAAGCACCACCGACCCAUUGAGUGCCAUCCAGCUGAGUGGGAUGGAGCACCGUGCGGGUUAGUUCACCGACUGGCACCGGCAGCAUACUCCGGACCUCCCAGGAUUGACAGAACCAGGCUUUACGCAGUGGUUCCAUCCCACGGGCUUUACCGCCUCUCUUCCCGGUACUCUUCUGGAGCUUCACCGGGACAUUGUCUGAAAAGCAGCCCCCGGACGGUCGCUCAGCUCGGGUGGACGCCACCGGAGAAACGAAGCACCAUGCCGGGCUCGGUGCCCAUCACAUGCCGACCACCUCCGCCAGGUCCCCGGCAUCACGCAGCUCCAGGCGCAGAAACUGCAGCGAUGUCCGGCGCAGGUUCACUGGUGCUCCCCGCUGGCAUCAUCGACCCUUCUGUGCCAAUUCGUGACAUUAAAACCAAAUUUCUUGUUCUCACUGGACUAAUUCAAGCUGGAGAGGUUAGCAACCGAGAUAUAGUUGAAACUGUCCUUAAUUUGUUGGUGGCUGGCGAGUUCGAUUUGGAGACCAACUUCAUUAUCCAAGAUGCGGACGGCAUCGGCUGCCUGCCGGCGCUGCUGGAACACUGCGACGUCACCUGCCAGGCGGAAAUCUGGAGCAUGCUCACGGCCAUGCUACGGAAGAGCGUGCGCAACCUGCAGAUGAGCACGGAGGUGGGCCUGAUCCAGCAGCUGCUGCUCAGGAUGAGCUCGGUGGACGACAUGAUCGCAGACUUGCUGGUGGACAUGCUGGGAGUGCUGGCCAGCUAUAGCAUCACGGUGACAGAGGUGAAGCUUCUUUUCAGCAUGCUGCAAGGGGAGGGCGGCCUCUGGCCCAGACAUGCCGUCAAGAUGUUGUCGGUGCUCAAUCAGAUGCCGCAGAGACACGGGCCAGAUGCGUUCUUCAACUUCCCCGGCCGCAGUGCAGCUGCCAUCGCUUUACCUCCGAUCGCCAAGUGGCCUUACCAGAACGGCUUUACGUUCAACACCUGGUUCCGGAUGGAUCCCUUGAACAACAUCACCGUCGACAAGGACAAACCCUAUCUUUACUGCUUUCGCACCAGCAAGGGUAUCGGCUACUCCUCACAUUUCGUGGGCAACUGCCUGAUUGUCACAUCCCUCAAAUCAAAAGGAAAAGGAUUCCAGCAUUGCGUGAAAUAUGAUUUCCAGCCAAGGAAGUGGUACAUGAUCAGCAUCGUUCACGUCUACAGCCGCUGGAGGAACAGCGAAAUCCGUUGCUACGUCAACGGCCAACUGGUUUCCUACGGAGACAUGGCCUGGCACGUCAACACUAACGAUAGUUACGAUAAAUGUUUUCUGGGAUCCUCGGAGACGGCCGACGCUAACAGAGUUUUCUGCGGACAGCUGGGAGCAGUCUACGUGUUCGGCGAGGCUCUGAAUCCCGCACAGAUCUUUGCCAUCCAUCAGCUGGGCCCAGGCUAUAAGAGCACGUUCAAGUUUAAGUCUGAGAGCGAUAUCCACCUAGCAGAACAUCACAAGCAAGUCUUGUAUGACGGAAAGCUGGCCAGCUCCAUCGCCUUCACUUAUAACUCUAAGGCCACCGAUGCACAACUCUGUCUGGAGUCUUCGCCCCGGGAAAACUCCUCCAUCUUUGUCCACUCGCCCCAUGCACUUAUGCUACAGGAUGUGAAAGCCACAGUGACUCACUCCAUCCACCGCGCCAUCCACUCCAUCGGCGGCAUCCAGGUCCUCUUCCCUCUGUUUGCUCAGCUGGACUACCAUCAGUUAAAUGACAGCCAAGUGGAGACCACUGUAUGCGCUACUCUGUUGGCCUUUCUGGUGGAGCUGCUGAAAAGCUCUGUUGCCAUGCAGGAGCAGAUGCUUGGAGGAAAGGGCUUUUUGGUGAUUGGAUACCUUCUAGAGAAGUCGUCACGGGAGCACAUCAGCAGGUUAGUGCUGGAGCAAUUCCUCGCCUUCGCUAAAUAUCUCGACGGGCUCACGUUCGGGGCGCCACUGCUCAAACAGCUAUGUGACCACAUCCUGUUCAACGCUGCCAUUUGGAUCCACACCCCUGCCAAGAUCCAGCUGGCUCUCUACUCAUACCUCUCCUCCGAGUUCAUUGGCACGGCAACCAUCUACAACACUGUUCGACGAGGAGGCACGGUGCUCCAGCUAAUGCACACUCUCAAGUACUACUACUGGGCCAUCAACCCUGCAGACGGCAGCUGCAUCACCCCGAAGGGUUUAGAUGGUCCAAGGCCGACCCAGAAAGAAAUCAUCUCUCUGCGGGCGUUCGUGCUUCUCUUCCUCAAGCAACUCAUCUUGAAGGACCGAGGUGUGAAGGAAGACGAGCUGCAGAGCAUCCUCAACUAUUUGUUAACAAUGCAUGAGGAUGAGAACCUGCAUGACAUGUUGCAGCUGGUGGUCGCCCUCAUGUCAGAGCACCCCGCCUCCAUGAUCCCCGCUUUUGACCAGAGGAAUGGAAUACGGGUGAUCUAUAUACUCAUGGCCUCCAAGAGUGAAAGCAUUCAAGUGCAAUCCCUCAAAGUGCUGGCGUACUUUCUCAAGCAUUUGGGACACAAGAGAAAGGUGGAGAUCAUGCACACUCAGAGCCUCUUCACCCUGCUGGGAGAGAAACUGCUGCUGCACAGCGGCACCAUGACAGUGACCACCUACAACACGCUGUAUGAGAUUCUCACCGAGCAGGUGUGUACGCAGGUGGUCCACAAACCGCACCCCGAACCUGACUCCAGUGUGAAGAUUCAGAAUCCGGUGAUCCUCAAAGUGAUAGCGACUCUAUUGAAGAACUCUGCCCCCGGCCCAGAGCUGAUGGAAAUCCGCCGCCUCUUCCUUUCCGACAUGAUCAAACUGUUUAGCAGCAGCCGAGAAAACAGACGAUGCCUGCUCCAGUGCUCCGUGUGGCAGGACUGGAUGUUUUCCCUGGCCUACAUCAACCCAAAAAACCGCGACGAGCAGAAGAUCACAGAGAUGGUCUACAACAUUUUUCGUAUCCUACUGUACCACGCCGUCAAGCACGAGUGGGGGGGCUGGCGCGUGUGGGUGGACACCCUCUCCAUCGCCCACUCAAAGGUGACGUAUGAAGCCCACAAGGAGUACUUGGCAAAUAUGUAUGAGGAGUACCAGCGUCAGGAGGAGGAAAACAUCAAGAAAGGCAAGAAGGGUUUGGUCAGCACCAUCUCAGGUCUGUCUGCUCAGACCUCUGGCAUCAAAGGUGCGGUCGAGAUCGGAGAAAUAGAUCCAAACUCCCAGUCGCCGGGGAGCCAGAGGGACUACGACAGCGCAGACUCCCGUAACCUCCUGGCGGAAGGGCGUUGUCCACAGAAUGCAGCAGACAACGUCAGCGUGGAAGUCCAGCAUCUUCUGGUGGACAUUAAGGCAGAGAAGGUGGAGGCUACGGAAGUAAAGAUGGACGACAUGGACACUCCGGGAGGCUCCGAGAAUGGAGCACUAAUGGGGGUGGACUCACUUCUGGAUAACGUUUACUGUGCCGCAGUGGGGAAGCUGAGCGGUGACCUCAGCGCUGUGUUGCUGCCAAAGACCAGCGUAGACGAGCAGAGCGCACCUCCUCUCAUCAUGCUGGACGAUGACAAAGACGGCGUCCCUCACAGCAACAACUUUUUGUUCUGCGAGGCCAACGUGGAAAAUGCUUUGCUGCCCGACUUGAAUCCAGCUCAACCCUCAGUGUCAUCCGGCCCACAACCGCCAUCUUCCUCCAGUGCCAGCAGUGGACUGGGCCUUCUGGCUCACGUGACUGGAAGCUCCGACUUUGUGUCCUUACCCAGCAUUUUGGAAAAGGACGAGUCGGAACUCCAGGCAGCUUUAGAGGGCAUCGACCAUGUGGCCGCCGCUCAACUUAAGCCUCCGACCUCCCGCGCAAGUCCAGAAGCGAGCCACGGAAGGGUUGUGGCGCCCUCUAAAGGUGACAUUCCAGCUGCUUGGAGCAGGAACACGGUUCAUGUGAACGCCACAAACAACACCUCGGAUGAGGAUGGGAAGGAGAUGAAGAUUCUGACAACAGCAACCACACAGAGUCUAAGCGGCCGCCUCAGUGCUCCAGUGGACAGUGUGGACUUCAGGGGUGCGCCCAUGUCGGAGGACCAGCGGCGUCAGUUCAGCCCAGGCCCUCGCACCACCAUGUUCCGCAUCCCCGAGUUCAAAUGGUCGCCUCUGCACCAGAGACUGCUGGCCGACCUGCUGUUUGCCCUGGAGAGUGACGUCCAUGUGUGGAGGAGCCACUCCACCAAGUCCGUCAUGGACUUUGUCAACAGCAGCGAGAACAUAAUUUUUGUCCACAACACCAUCCACCUCAUCUCACAGAUGGUGGACAACAUCAUUAUCGCUUGCGGGGGAAUCCUCCCUCUGCUCUCAGCUGCCACCUCUCCUUCUGUGGAGAACAUAGAGGCCACGCAGGGCAUGUCCUCGGAGACCGCCAUCACAUUCUUGUCCCGUCUGAUGGUCAUGGUGGACGUGCUGGUCUUCUCCAGCUCGCUCAAUUUCAGCGAGAUCGAGGCAGAGAAAAACAUGUCUGCCGGCGGCCUGAUGCGUCAGUGCCUGAGACUCGUGUGCUGCAUGGCUGUGAAGAGCUGUCUGGAGUGCAGGCAGAGACACGCAGACUUUGGGAGAAAGAUGUCUGUUCCCAACAACAACAAAAGCCAGGAAAUGCUGCUGAAUGCCGUGACCCCCGGCAAGGACCCAGAUCGCCUCUUGCAGGACGUGGACAUCAACCGCCUGCGUGCUGUGGUGUUUCGUGACGUGGACGACAGUAAACAAGCUCAAUUUCUGGCUUUGGCUGUGGUCUACUUCAUCUCCGUCCUCAUGGUGUCCAAGUACCGAGACAUCCUGGAGCCGCAGCGUGAGACUGCCAGGACAGGCAGCACGCAUCGGGACGUCAACUCCCCUAUCGUCACAGAACCGCCACAGACCUUUACCAACAACAGUGACCACUCUUCACCACCGGAGGAGCCGUUCCUCCGCCAAGCCGAUUCGAAUAUCGCGGCGGAACAGGUCGUCAGCGUCGUUAAUGGAUCUGACGCGGGUUAUUGCCCAGACGGCGCAAUGAGUGAGAUCCUCUCAGCCUUGGAGAAGAAGUCCCUGCACGGUCUGUCCGAGCAGCCCGCCGUGGAGGUGAUAAAAGAUCCGCCGCCCUCCUCCGCCCAGCCCGUUAACAAGGGGCUCAACGUUAAGGAGAUUUUGAAGAGCUUGGUGGCGGCGCCUGUGGAGGGCGUGGAGGCCGGGCUUGAGCCGCUGUCCUGCCCGGACUCUGCUGCCCAGUCCCAGACCGUUCUGCCCAUGCAGUUCCACUCCUUUGACAGGAGCGUGGUGGUGCCGGUGAAGAAGAUGUCCCACGGAGGCCUUGCCGUCAAUACAGUGGGUGGAAGUCCUUCCUCUGGCCUAGUGACCCCCAAUAUAUUCGCUGCUGCCUCUGUGACCCCCAAAAGCAUGAUCAACACCAUGGGAGCUGUCGACGCUGCCGCCUCCUCUUCCACGCCCUCAUCCUCCGGUCUCGUCAAUGGCGCCACCAGUAAGAAUCUACCAGCUGUGCAGACCGUGGCGCCCAUGCCUGAAGACACGGUUGAAAACAUGAGUAUUACGUCAAAGCUGGAGAGGGCUUUGGAGAAGGUGGCACCGCUGCUGAGGGAGAUCUUUGUGGACUUUGCACCCUUCCUGUCACGCACCCUGCUGGGCAGCCAUGGACAGGAGCUGCUGAUCGAAGGUCUGGUGUGCAUGAAGUCCAGCACGUCCGUCGUAGAGCUUGUCAUGCUGCUUUGUUCUCAGGAGUGGCAGAAUUCCAUACAGAAGAACGCCGGCUUGGCCUUCAUCGAGCUCAUCAACGAAGGAAGGUUACUGUGCCACGCCAUGAAGGACCACAUAGUCCGGGUGGCCAACGAGGCAGAGUUCAUUCUGAAUAGACAGCGAGCCGAAGAUGUCCACAAACAUGCUGAAUUUGAGUCCAACUGCGGGCAGUACGCCGCUGAGAGGAAAGAGGAGGAGAAGAUGUGCGACCACCUGGUGGGCGCCGCCAAGCACAGAGACCACGUGACGGCCAAUCAGCUGAGGCAGAAGAUCGUCAACAUCCUCACCAACAAACACGGCGCCUGGGGAUGCUGGUGUCACUCGCCGCCACACGACUUCUGGCGUCUGGACUACUGGGAAGACGACCUGCGGCGGCGGCGGAGAUUCAUCAGGAACCCGCUGGGCUCCACGCACUUGGACGUCUCCUGCAAAACCCUGCAGGAGUACGGUACAGAAGACGACGAGCUGGUCAAAUCGAAGACUCCCGUCCUCGGUCAAACCGUCACGAGCCAGAACCCUGAAACAGAUCUGAUUCUGGAGGGAGACGACGACUCGGACGGCCUGCUGCAGGAGAAGGAGGCGGACAACCUGGGCAGCGCAGUGGUUCUGAGCAGCCCGGCCCAGCUGGUCGCGCCAGGCCUGGUGGCCAAGGGGACUUUGUCCAUCACGACCAGCGAAAUCUACUUCGAGGUGGACGAGGAGGAGCCGGCCUUUAAACGAGUCAGCCAAAAGGUUUUGGCAUACACCGAGGGUCUCCACGGCAAGUGGAUGUUCAGCGAGAUCCGUGCCCUCUUCUCCAGGCGUCACCUUCUGCAGACCAGCGCCAUGGAGGUCUUCAUGGCCAACAGAACCUCAGUCCUCUUCAACUUCCCCGACCAGGCCACUGUGAAGAAGGCCGUCUACAGUCUUCCUCGAGUGGGGGUCGGGACCAGCUAUGGACUACCUCAAGACAGGCGAAUCUCGCUGGCGAGCCCCCGGCAGCUUUUCAAAGCGUCCAACAUGACGCAGCGCUGGCAGAGGAGAGAGAUCUCCAACUUUGAGUACCUCAUGUUCCUCAACACCAUUUCAGGCAGGACUUACAACGACCUCAGCCAGUAUCCCAUCUUUCCCUGGGUCCUGGCCAGCUAUGAUUCAGAGGAGCUGGACCUCACCCUGCCGGCCAACUUCAGAGAUCUCUCCAAGCCUGUCGGCGCUCUCAACCCGAAGCGUGCCGCCUUCUUCGCCGACCGCUACGAGUCAUGGGAGGACGAUCAGACGCCACCUUGCCAUUACCGCUGCCACUGCUCCACCGCUGCCUCCACGCUGCACUGGCUCAUCAGGAUGGAGCCGUUCACCACAUUGUUUCUGAGCGCCAACAACAACAAGUUUGACCACCCAGACCGUGUAUUUUCAUCCAUCAGACGUUCGUGGCGGAAUUGUCAGCGGGACACCUCCGAUGUGAAGGAACUGAUCCCAGAGUUCUUCUACCUGCCGGAGAUGUUGGUUAACGCUAGCGGAUACCAUCUGGGGAUGCGCGAGGACCGCGUCAUGGUGGGC